CAGGCGACGCUAAACGAUAAACUAACUUGCCGUUUUUAGGAAGCUAAGUUAGAUAGGUACCCUGGUAGGUUGAGGACUAUUUUUUUUAAUGUUCUGCGUUGUUUCAAGUUUGAAUAAUUGUCACUGAGUGAAAAUGCCACCUAAAGCAGCUAAGAAGGGCUCAGCCAAAAAGCCCAAUGCUUCUGGUGCCUCAGCUGUCGGCAAGAACUGGGAGGCUGGUCUCAGCAGAGCUCCGUUUGAAGAGGAGUCAUGGCAAGCCUGUGUGUCUCUGGUGGUCGGGAGAAGUCCAGAGGAGGAGAAGCUGACCCAGGCUUUGUCUGUAGCUGCACAGAAACCACAGCGCAAACUUUUUAGUUUGUUGACCUGGGAAAGCACUGUUGCAAAGAUCCAUGAACUGGGGAAUCCCAAAGCAAAACGACCUGAUGAAGCCCCCGUGUUUUAUGAGGUUACAGAGCCAGCGAAGGUGCUCCUGGAUGCAGGAGAUGAGAUUCCUUGUGACCUGAUGGCAAAUAUACUGAAGUUCCAGCUGCUACAAAUCAAAGCCAAUGAUCAGCAGAGGAGGGAAGCCGAGCAGGCUGAGGAGGAGAAGGCAAACGUUGAUCCUCCCUCUGUCAACAAGGACAAAGGAGGGGCUAAAGUCACUGACAAAAAGGGGAAGAGCCCACCCUCACCUGUGGGACCCUCCAAGGAGAAGAAGACAAAGCUAAAACGCAGGGAUGAUGUUGAGCCACCAAAGUAUAUAGAUGACGAGCCAGAGGAUGGACCUCAACACUACAUCCUGCUGCUCGGCUUCUUUCAGCCCCACCUGAUUGGAGCACUUGAUGCCUUAGGUGUUCAUGUAGCCAAUGUCAUUAAAUUGUGUUCGGAGCACACACAAACUUCUGAGGAGCAGCAGGAAGUAAGUCCCUUUGGGGGCAAUGAGCAGACAACUUCUCCAGUUUUGGAUUCAGCAGAAGUUCAUGGUCGUGCAGAGUUGGAUUUAUUCUGGUCCGGUCUGAGACCAGUUUUGGACAGCGGGCCUCCCCAGUCCAAGCUCCAUGAUGUGGUUCAACUUAGCUACAUUGCUCCAGAUCUCUGUUCUCACACACAGAACCCUGACGCUGAGCUGGAGAUUGGAAACCAAAUCUUUGAAGGUGUGGCCAAUCUCAUCUAUGACUGUCUGAACUGGCGCCUACAACAUCAGCACUACCUGGACAACAUGGAACUCUUCAGUGUACCCACUGUUGUUGUGAUGGAUGCUGAGCCUGCAGAGGUUGUGCCAACCCCUCUCCCCGUUACUCCACUCUCCAAGAAGAAAUUUGUGCGAGAGGAAACUUCACCAGACCAAGAGACCGAACAGCCUCCUCUCUCUACAGAUGUGGACAUGCGUUGCUAUAACAGCUUUCUCAACCUGGUUCCCCCUGAAGUUUGCUCUGUGCCUCUUAUCAUGCACUGUAUGCUGGAGCAGGUAGUGAUUUCAACAGAGCAGUCAUGUCCAGCUAAAGAGUCCAAACCUCACAAUGGUCCUGGGUUAGACUAUCAGCUGGUCAGCUUCAUGCUUCAAAGCUUCCUCCCUCUGGUACAUGCUAAAGAAGAGAGAAGUCGCAUGUUGAAAGGCUUGCUGGCUACAGUGCAAAAUGAAGACGACCAGAAGAGGCUAGAGGAGAAGUUUGGAGAAGAGGAAAAGCAGAAGUUUGCGCAUCCUCUGGUUAUCAGACACCAUGAUGAGAGGGCACUGCGUUUGACGCAUAUCAAUGUGGUUCAGGGUUUCGAUCCAGCAGAGGUGGAGAUAUCAAUGAUGCGGCAUUCUCCAGUGUGGCAGCUGAUCCACUCUGUUGCUCAGCAGAGAAACAGCAACUCCUCCUGGAUGGCCAUCAAACAGCAGCUACAACAUUACUGCACAGAUGAUGUUGUUUCAUGGCUGGAGGUGGAGCGUUUGGUUCAUCGGAGUGUGUUUGAGAGUAUGCCACUGACCAGAUUGGACAGUAAAGGUGUACUACUUAGGCCACCUGGACAACUGGGAACACUGAGACCAGCACAGGAACAGAUAACUACAUCAAUCCCCUGGGACAACCCACUAUCCUACUCUAAACAGCAGAUUAAUACCCUACGGACUAAAGGUUUCACCUUUCUCACGGAAAAUCCUGGUAACACCGAGAAGAUUAGAAGGGUCUGUUGCCAGCUGGAUUUAUGUGAUAUUCAGAGUUGUAGACUGAGGUCUCUGAAGGACUGGCACUAUGCUGAACACCACAGUGCUUCCAUCUUCCAACAGGUACUGCAGUUAGCCUCCGAGGAUUACUGCUGCUUGGACACCUUCAGAGGAAGUCAUAACAACAUCCUGUACAUUUUCUGUCACAAUCCAAUGAGCCCUUAUCGUCAGUGCAAGGAGUUCUGGGAUGUAGCCCUUCACACUGAUGUCAAGUUCAGGAAGUACCGGGAGCAUGUGGCAGAAAGCAUUUCCGAUUGGACAAAAGAGGAAGAAUUAAAGAGAGAGACAAUGCAACUCAGAAAUGUCAGACCUGCUCAGGAUCUGAGAGAUGAAAAGUUGCCAGAUUCUGCUGAGAGGGAGGACACACUGGACCCGGUCAUCCGAACAGGCUCUCUAAAAGCCUGGAAGAUAGAGCAGGAGCAGCUGAAGGAGGAAGAAAUGAACAAGAAAUCAAAGAAGGAGAAUGCACCGAAAGGCCAACAGCAAAAAGAGGAGGCUAUGUCGACUGACAACAAGAAAAGUAAAACGUUGCCCACUGCUAAGAAGAGCAGAGCAGGAAGCUCAGCCAGAACUAACAUAGAGUCCAAUAACACCACAGCGCCCCCUUGGGAGGAAAACAAAGAACUGCAUACGUCAGCGGAGCCUUUCAAAGAUUUCACAGGCUAUAACAUGGAUGGAAAGUUGAUCCGUGUUGCAGGUCGUCUCCAGAACCUUUUCCCUUCAGAUGGAGGACACAUCAGCGUGGAGAAUAUCAGCUAUGUUGAAGGUUCCACCCUAAUGAAACUGGCUGUGAAGAAGGAUGGACAUUAUUUCUGCACACACAUCAACCAAGUUGUUUUUGAUCUAGUGAAACCUCUCCCUCAGCCCCAAGACAAAGAAACCAAUGGCGGAAAAGUGUCAGAGCCUGUACAGCCUGUGAAAAGAGUGACACAGGGCUCCCUCUCAGCUGUCUUAGACAAUGGAAUUCAUCUCUCAUACAGUUUCUACGGUCCAACAGGAGAAUAUAGAGUGAGUCCUCAGGAGACCACAGAAGGAGGGGCUCCAGACACCGGCACCUUUGUCCCCAACCCUCCCCCAUCCUCCACUUACCGCUCUAAGGGGACAGAUCUGGACCCGGUUCCCUCCAAGACACACAGCGCUGCCAGACCUCCACUGUCCCAGGUGUGUGAAGGUCAGACAGUAUUGCCAUCGAGUCCAUUCAACAGUCUCAGCCUGUCUGUACCUAACGGUCUGCUGCUGCAGUUCCUGCGAGAGGAUGCACAAGGAGUGUCCUCAGAGGAGCAGGGUAUGUUGGUGAAACAGAGCUUUCCUCUUCAUGGUGAAGGAGUUGUUGGGCAGCUUCAGGACGCUUCCCUCUCCAAAGAACUGUCCCGCAUUGUCACCAGCCAGGGAGCUGUGAUCCGAAUCAUGAGAGACGGGUCUACAGAGGUUCUAUUUGCUGAUGGCUCAGUCAGCUUCAGCCAGGAUUCUGGUCCGGUGUGGGUUCCUGAUUCUGAAGUUGAGGAAGAAAACAUGUCUCAAGAAACUAAGGACAGAAAGAAAGAGCCGAGCUCAGAGAAGGAGGCUGGUGGUCAGAGAGGUUUUUGGUUAACAACGAGUCCGUCUGGGGCUCGCAUCUACACUGUGGGGACAACACACCAACACAAACCCACCACGCCUCUCCUCGCCUUCAAGGCCACAGACCCCAUCACCCAUGACGUGAUGCUGAGCCGCGAGGAUCUGGUGGUUUCAGUCCAGAACUCCGACGGAUCUUUAAGUGUAGAACAUGCAGACGGAACCAGGAUCACUAGCCUGUACCAACACAGACCACCAAGCACACCACAGCACACACUGCUGCACACAGGGGAGCAGCAUGAGACCCUUAAAUCAACCACUGAAUCUGAGUGUGUGUGUGUCACGCGCUGUGCUGACAGCAUUUCUGAAAAUAUUCAGGAUGCUGUUGACAACGGUGAAGACAUUAGCAGCAACAGUGCAAGGAUAGCGUGUGACAAGGAGGGUGGGACUGAGUGUGAGCAUGUGUGUGAUAAAAGAGAAAGUAGUGUGUAUAAGGACGGUGAGGAGAGUGUGUUUGCGGAAGAUACUGUGGCUGGCAAUGGUAAGAGUAGUGCAUGUGAAAGCAAUAAGGACAGUGUGUCUGCCAAGGAGCGGGUGGUGCUGGUGGAGAAGGAGGGCUGCUGCACAGUGGUGAUGUACCCAGAGCGACACAUGGCUCACGUCUUCUUAGCAGAUGGGACUGUAAUCACUGGGAACAACCAAGGAGCAUAUGAGGUGUUUCCAUCCAGUGGGGGGCUCCUACAGAUCCAAAGUGAUGGGAAAUGUGUGUACUCGUCCGACCCCCUUGUAACCCCCAGUCCAAUGGGUGGCACUCCAACAAACCAAUCAGGAAGCUACACCAUGAGUCAUACAGACAUAGUGGCCUGUGAUGUUACAGACCCCGAUGGAAACCACUUUCAGGUGAUGGAAGAUGGACAGGUAUUAGUGUUGGACUAUAUCCCUGCUCCAAGCACACUUAAAGAGGAUGAGGAGGAGGAGCCAGAGGAGGAGGACAGAGAAAGGGCCAGGAUACAUGUUCAACACAGAGAACAUUGUCCCAGGCUGUUUCUGGUGCAUGAGGACGGCUCUGGUACUGAACUGCUGAGCUCUCAGACCGUUGAGGAGCUGCUCUACCAGGCUUACUCUGACCCCACCAUCGCACUGCUGAAGGAGCCAUUGCCGGACACACAAGAUGAGUUUGGCAUCACCAUCCUUAAGCCUAGCCAUCAGAGCGUGUGGUCCCAGUGGUUGCUAGGGAAACAGAACCCGGACAUCACCCCUCCCAACCUCAAAAACCGCAGCUGGCAUGAUUUCCCUCAAACAGAGAGAGUGAGCCCAGGUCCUCCGUUUGGUACCCGCAUGGGUCGAGGUUUGUUUCUGAGAGAGAGGUCCGCUGGUUCAGCAGCACAGCGUCAACCCGCCAGGAGCAGCCCUAAAGUCCUGGAGACGAGGGAGCUGUACCAGCACCGACCAAUCACCACACCACUCAGAAAUACUGUGGACUCACGACUGAAGGAUUACCUAGAGAGUUUGAUGGAGACGGAGCAGCGUUUAGAGGAGAUGAAGGUCAAAGACCCUCGCACUGAGGAGGAGAGCGCUCAUGCCAGCGAUCUGCUCAGUCUGGUCCUGUCUUUUGCAGAAGAAGAUACUGGAGGUCACACCUUUGACAAGAGGACUUCAGAGGAGAUAGCCAACCUGUACAGCCAAGGAGUCGGAGCUCCAGUUGAGCAGUCGGAUGUGUCAAGAGACACAGUCACAGUAGCUAAUGAGAGUUUUAUAAAUGGCAAAGAGUCUACAUGGACUGAAAGACUUGCACAGCACAGACAGGAGAAGUGUGAGGAUGAGGCUUAUAGAAAGUCUCUGAGGACAAACAGCAUUGUUCCUUUUUUCUACCCAGAAAAUAUCCAAUUAUAUCAGGAGCUUCUCCAGCACCAAACACCAGACAUGAGGAGUCUGUCCAUGGGCCUCCCUCCGAUCCCCCGCUCAGACAGUGCUGAAGACUUCCUGAAAGACGCCCCACAGGAGAACAUCCCACGACCCUUAAACCCAACACCCUCUCAAUCUGCAAGUCAUGCAGCAGGAAGUGAGAGGAGGCUUAAGGAAAGACCCAGCAACCCCACGCCUCACAGUGCUGGGGAACGCAGUGUGAGGGGUUCACCUGGGCAAAGCAAGUCGGUUCAGCUGGAUGUGACUGGAAAACUCAGAAGGACUAAAGUCAGACUCCCAACCUCUAUCCUCACCUCUAAACCUCGCAGCAUACCAAAUCAACAGUUCCUAUCAGUGGAGGAGCCGGUGAGGAGGAAGUGUCGGACUAUUUCUCUGACUGAUCCGAGUGUCAUAGCAAGGGGAUUCCAGCUGCUCCCCUCCACUGUUGACUUUGGCACUCUGCAGGAGGGCACCUCCUCUGCAAUUACUGUGGUGAUGAAGAACGUGGGUGCUGACACUUGCAGGUUCCAUGUGAAACAGCCUCCUGCUGCUACAGGCCUCCGUGUCAUCUACAACCCUGGGCCUGUGGCUGCAGGUCUGCAUGUUGAGCUGCAGGUUCAGCUGUUUGCCAUGUGUGCAGUCCAAGCAGGAGAGGAGGAGCCAAAGAAGAACCUCUCUGAAGAUAUCAUCCUCCACACUGAGACAGACAUCCUCUACCUGCCUGUCACUGCCACCAUCCUUCCUGAGAGAUUAUAUGAUGUUUGGCUCAAGGAUCACAGCAGUACACACAACAAGAAAAGCUCGGGGGUCCGUCAGCUGUCUUCCAGCCUACCUGUAGGACCGGGGGCCGCACAGCUCCACAGACCAGCUGGGAACCUCUUCACCAGUCCUUCAGCAAACAAGGGACAUCUCAAUCGCACCACUCCUCUGUGAAGAAUACUUAUCAACAUCCCAUUUGAUUCCUCAUCAUCCAUAUCACUCAGUUCUCUUCUUACUUCAACAGAAAUGAAGUAUUUAUAUGGAUCUUU